AUGAAUCUGUAUUUUGACAUAGAUGGGCUUAAAUUAUCUGAGAUUCUCAAAAAAGUGUCUUUUAAAAAAGAAGAGCCUCGUCCUCGGGCGCCCGGCCACGCUAUCUUAAGAGAUGCUUCAGAUGUUCUACAACCUGAGGAUUAUCCUGCUUCACCAUCCCGUCCUCCUGAGUUUUAUGAUGAUGUGGCAGAAACUUUGGACAGAAUUGCACAGAAACACAGUGUAAAAAAGAAAUCCCCUGUUAAACCUGAGCCAAGUCCACCCAAAGUAAAUGACAAAGAAGCUGUGGUUCAGCAGCUAGUUCAGAUAUUGACUUCAGAGGGGGAUACCAUUAACAGCAAGAUAAACACCAACCCCUUCCUGCGGUCCACCCUCUCCCGCAUCUCCUACGCUUCUUUUGCCAAACUCCUUGACACGUACGCCGGUCAGAGUGAAGAACCUCCUGUUCCCGCACCGGUCAGCCCUACGCUGCGGCGUCUCGCCAUCACCAUGGACGUGUCUCGUCGAGUCGUCACAGCUACUGGUGUUCAGCGUCUCACAGGCUAUGCUGAACGCUACAUGGAAAGCUUUGCACCAUGGGUGAGGAGCCACGGAGGAUGGGAUAAAAUUGCAUAUUUGGAUGAGGUCCUGGAGUGUGAUUGACCUCAGACCUUUUCAUAAUGAACUCAUGAAAGUUCUCAAAUCAUGUAGCAUGACCUCUGUGAGGCAAAGAAGAAGACUGGGGAAUUGACACUACUUGAUUAGAAAUUUUCUCUGCUGAUGUAUUUAUUAUUCUUUUGUAUUUUGGAUGUUUUUUAUGUGACAUUUUAUACUAAAAUACAUGAUGUCAAUCUUC